AGGGACCUUCGCUCUUUUCAAAGCCUCGCCGCUCCAUACAAAAUCUCUCCCUCCCUUUCUCUCGCCUUCCUUUCGACGCAGAUCGAAAGGCGGAGACCUCCAACAAUCUAUCGCAGUCACCAAUCAGGUUCUUCUCAAGGGAAGUCAGAAUGGAUCAGGUUCAACACCCAACUGUCAUGCAGAAGGUAGCAGGCCAGCUGCUUCGUUCUAGCCUUUCCCAAGAUUUUCAAGGAUAUGAUGGCUCUUUGAGGAGGCCUGCUCUACACCAAAGAUGUGUUGCAUAUGGGAAUUACUCCAAUGCUGCACUGCAGUAUCCUAUUGUCCGGGCUUGUGGAGCUACCAGUGACCUGUCUAUGGUUCCAUCAACAGCCACUGCUGUUUGUGUUCAAGCCCCUGCAGAGAAAGGCUUUGCCGGCUUUGCUAUCGAUUUCCUGAUGGGUGGAGUUUCUGCUGCUGUAUCUAAAACAGCUGCCGCUCCAAUUGAGCGUGUUAAGCUUUUGAUUCAGAACCAGGAUGAGAUGAUCAAAACUGGUAGGCUUGCUGAACCAUACAAGGGUAUUGGUGAUUGUUUUAAGCGAACAAUUCAAGAUGAAGGAGUUGUUUCUUUGUGGAGAGGAAACACUGCUAAUGUUAUUCGUUAUUUCCCCACUCAGGCCUUGAACUUUGCUUUCAAGGAUUACUUCAAGAGGCUUUUCAACUUUAAGAAAGACAGGGAUGGUUACUGGAAAUGGUUUGCUGGGAACUUGGCAUCAGGAGGUGCAGCUGGUGCUUCUUCCCUUCUCUUUGUCUACUCCUUAGAUUAUGCUCGAACCCGUCUUGCCAAUGACGCAAAGGCUGCGAAGAAGGGGGGAGAGAGGCAAUUCAAUGGCCUUGUUGAUGUCUACAAGAAGACCUUAAAAUCUGAUGGUAUUGCUGGGCUUUACCGUGGGUUCAAUAUUUCAUGUGUUGGAAUCAUUGUUUACCGUGGUUUAUACUUUGGAAUGUAUGAUUCUCUGAAGCCAGUGGUUUUGACUGGAUCGUUGCAGGAUAGUUUCUUUGCCAGCUUUGCCCUUGGUUGGCUCAUCACUAAUGGUGCUGGGCUUGCAUCCUACCCAAUUGACACUGUUCGCAGAAGAAUGAUGAUGACCUCUGGUGAAGCAGUCAAAUACAAGAGCUCACUUGAUGCAUUUUCGCAGAUCUUGAAAAAUGAGGGUGCCAAGUCCCUAUUUAAGGGUGCUGGAGCUAACAUCCUUCGUGCUAUUGCCGGUGCUGGUGUGCUUGCUGGAUAUGACAAGUUGCAGCUCAUUGUUCUCGGAAAGAAGUAUGGAUCUGGCGGUGCUUAAUUCUGGGCAUAUCUUCCUUUUUGUUCCGUUUAGGAUUAGAUGGUGAUGAAAAACUUGGCUCCCGAGAAAUUUAUUUCGGCAAAAUUUCAUUAAAUAAUUCAGUUAUAGGGGGAGUUGCUCUCCAAACGAUUUUUAUUUUCGGAUGGAAGUUUUGAUUAAGAAAACAUGAUAAGAUCGGUGGCUAAUGCUACUGCCCCAUGUCGGAGUUUUGGUUUUAUGAAUGGAGGGAUAUAUUUAUAUUUGAAGUUCUAAUUGUUGUGCUUCGA